UACAACAGACCCGGAAAAUAAACUUUCACCGGAAAUCGAAGGCGUCGUCUCCGUGUUCGUAGCUAACAGCGCGCGGACCGUCAGAAAACUUCAUCUGAAAGCUUCAUAGUUUGAGCUGUGAGUGACUGUUGAACGUUGGGAGCGACUUUUCCAACCGUUUAUUUCCGUUAGGAGCGGCUGAGCGUUACUGCGCUGAUUUUAAUGCAGAGGUCGAAGCUCGUCGAAGUUUAACGAAGUAAAAUCGUGAGAAAAGUUGGUUUUCUGUGAGUCCAGCGCCGAGAAAGACAGGAGGGAGAAAGAGGAUAUAACGGAAUCACAGGUUUGAACCGAACACAGCCGAGAAAACAAGAGAAGAGGACGAAACAAACAGACUGAAAGUGAAAGUAUGAAGUCAGUCCAGACGCCAUUUUGACUCCACAGCAGAAAGAAACAGGACGUGUGCAGGUGUUACAGGUUUACCUCUCAAACCAGAGAAGAUGAAUGAUUUGGAGGAAGAGGACAGAGCAGAGUCUCCAGGAUCCAGCUGUCUGUCUAUGAAGAGUGACUGGUCCAAAAAUUUUAAUCCUCCACUCUUCAGUAAUGAACCUGGACCCUCAGACACAAACAGUCAUCAGACACAGUUUCCACUACGGAGAGCAGAGUCUCCAGGAUCCAGCUGUCUGUCUAUGAAGAGUGACUGGUCCAAAGAUUUUAAUCCUCCAGACUUCAGUAAUGAACCUGGACCCUCAGACACAAACAGUCAUCAGACACAGUUUCCACUAGAGAAGAAGAGGAGUGGUGUUUCUGUGGAGGAGCAGCUGUCCUGCUGUGAUCUGUGUCAGGACGUCCUGAAGUAUCCAGUCUCUACAGCCAGUCAGACCAGCACUGUAUGGGGCGGCUGUGGCUCAGGAGCAGAUAGUGGUCUGCAGGAGGUUUUAGAUGAACAUAAGAUCAGUCUGAGGAGGAGAUGUGAACGUGUGACUGAAGGAACUGAUGGAACAGGAAGUAGAACCCUCCUCAACAGGAUCUACACUGAGCUCUACAUCACAGAGGGACAGAGUGAAGAGGUUAAUACCCAACAUGAGGUGAGGCAGCUGGAGACAGCUUCCAAGAAGAAGACCCUCCAUGACACUCCAAUCAGGUGCCAGGACAUCUUUAAAGCCUUACCUGACCAACAGAGACACAUCAGAGUGGUUCUGACCAACGGCGUCGCUGGUGUUGGAAAAACCUUCUCAGUGCAGAAGUUCACUCUGGACUGGGCAGAGGGCUUGGAAAACCAAGAUGUCAGUCUGCUGGUUCUGCUUUCGUUCAGGGAGCUGAACCUGAUCAGAGAUGAGCAGUACAGUCUUCUCACGCUGCUCCAUGUUUUCCAUCCAACAUUACAGAAGGUCACAGCAGAGAAGCUGGCUGUCUGUAAAGUUCUGUUCAUCUUUGACGGCCUGGAUGAAAGCAGACUUUCACUGGAUUUCAACAACAGGAAGGUUGUGUCUGACGUCACACAGAAGUCAUCAGUCAACGAGCUGCUGACAAACCUCAUCCAGGGGAAUCUGCUUCCCUCGGCUCUGGUCUGGAUAACUUCCAGACCUGCAGCGGCCAAUCAGAUCCCUCCUUCAUGUGUUGACAGGGUAACAGAAGUACGAGGCUUCACUGACCCACAGAAGGAGGAGUACUUCAGAAGGAGAUCCAGUGAUGAAGAGCUGUCCAACAGAACCAUCUCACACAUCAAGACCUCCAGGAGCCUCCACAUCAUGUGUCAAAUCCCAGUCUUCUGCUGGAUCGCUGCUACAGUUCUGGAGCACAUGUUGACUACAGAGCAGAGAGGAGAGCUGCCCAAGACCAUGACUGACCUGUACUCACACUUCCUGCUGGUUCAGACAAAGAGGAAGAAGAACAAGUACCAUGAGGGACAUGAGACGAAGCCACAGGAGCUGACGGAGGCUGACAGGGAAGUUCUUCUGAAGCUGGGGAGGCUGGCGUUUGAACAACUUGAGAAAGGAAACAUCAUGUUCUACCAAGAAGACCUGGAGCAGUGUGGUCUUGAUGUGACAGAGGCCUUGGUGUACUCAGGAGUUUGUACAGAGAUCUUCAAAAGAGAGAGUGUGAUCUUCCAGAAAACAGUCUACUGCUUUGUUCAUCUGAGCGUUCAGGAGUUUCUGGCUGCAGUCUACAUGUUCCACUGUUUCACCAACAGGAAGACACAGGUACUGGAGGACUUCAUGGGGAAAGACAGAGACUCAAAACCAAAAACUUUUCUUGGGAAGAUUUCUAAGAUUUUUGGAAACAGUGGUCCAUCUCUGGAUGACUUCCUGAGGAGAGCCAUGGAGAAAUCCCUUCAAAGUGAAAAUGGCCACCUGGACCUGUUUGUUCGCUUCCUUCAUGGCCUCUCUCUGGAGUCCAACCAGAGACUCUUAGGAGGCCUGCUGGGUCAGACAGAGAACAGUCCAGAAAUCAUCCAGAGGACCAUCAACAACCUGAAGAAGAUGAACAUGUCCAACACCUCUCCUGACAGAAGCAUCAACAUCUUCCACUGUCUGAUGGAGAUGAACGACCACUCAGUCCAUCAGGAGAUCCAAGAGUUCCUAAAGUCAGAGAACAGAUCAAAGAAGAGUCUCUCUGAGAUCCAGUGCUCAGCUCUGGCCUACAUGCUGCAGAUGUCAGAGGAGGUUCUGGAUGAGUUGGACCUGAACAAGUACAACACAUCAAAGGAGGGACGACGGAGACUGAUCCCAGCUGUGAGGAACUGCAGAAAGGCUCGACUUGAUAACUGUCGACUCUCAGAGAUUCACUAUGAAGUCGUGGCCUCAGCUCUGAAGUCCAACCCCUCCCAUCUGACAGAACUGGACCUGAGCUGGAACAACCUGGAGGAUUCAGGAGUGAAGAUACUGUCCUCUGGACUGGAGAGUCCAAACUGUGGACUGGAGACUCUGAGGUUGAAGAACUGCAGGUUGUCAGAGAUCAGCUGUUCUUCUCUGGCCUCAGCCCUGAAGUCCAACCCCUCCCAUCUGAGACAUCUGGACCUGAGUAACAAUGACCUGCAGGAUUCAGGAGUGAAGGAGCUGUGUGGUUUUCUGCAGAGUCCAGACUGUAGACUGGAGACUCUGGGGAUGAUGAACUGCAGGUUGUCAGAGAUCAGCUGUUCUUCUCUGGUCUCAGCUCUGAAGUCCAACCCCUCCCAUCUGAGAGAACUGGACCUGAGCUACAACAAGCUGCAGGAUUCAGGAGUGAAGGAGCUGUGUGGUUUUCUGCAGAGUCCAGACUGUAGACUGGAGACUCUGAGGUUGAGGGGCUGCAGGUUGUCAGAGAUCAGCUGUUCUUCUCUGGUCUCAGCUCUGAAGUCCAACCCCUCCCAUCUGAGACAUCUGGACCUGAGAGGAAACAAGCUGCAGGAUUCAGGAGUGAAGGAGCUGUGUGGUUUUCUGCAGAGUCCAGACUGUAGACUGGAGACUCUGAGGUUGAUGAACUGCAGUUUGUCAGAGAUCAGCUGUUCUUCUCUGGUCUCAGCUCUGAAGUCCAACCCCUCCCAUCUGAGAGAACUGGACCUGAGUGACAACAAGCUGCAGGAUUCAGACCUGAAGGAGCUGUAUGAUCUUGUGCAGAGUCCAGACUGUAGACUGGAGACUGUGAGUGUUACAGGUUUACCUCUCAGACCAGAGAAGAUGAAGGAUUUGGAGGAAGAGGAGGACAGAGCAGAGUCUCCAGGAUCCAGCUGUCUGUCUAUGAAGAGUGACUGGUCCAAAAAUUUUAAUCCUCCAGAGUUCAGUAAUGAACCUGGACCCUCAGACACAAAACGGAGAGCAGAGUCUCCAGGAUCCAGCUGUCUGUCUAUGAAGAGUGACUGGUCUAAAGAUCAUCCUCUAAACUUCAGUAAAGAACCUGGACCUUCAGACACAAAAGAGAAGAAGAGGAGUGGUGUCUCUGUGGAGGAGCAGCUGUCCUGCUGUGAUCUGUGUCAGGACGUCCUGAAGGAUCCAGUCUCUACCAGCUGUGGACACUGGUUCUGCAGACAGUGCAUCACCUCAUACUGGGACCAGUCUGGUCCCUCAGGAGACUCCUCCUGUCCCCAGUGUGGACAAAGAUCCAGAACAAGACCUGUACUGCAGACAGCCAGUCAGACCAGCACUGUACAAACAGAUAGUGGUCUGCAGGAGGUUUUAGAUGAACAUAAGAUCAGUCUGAGGAGGAGAUGUGAACGUGUGACUGAAGGAACUGAUGGAACAGGAAGUAGAACCCUCCUCAACAGGAUCUACACUGAGCUCUACAUCACAGAGGGACAGAGUGAAGAGGUUAAUACCCAACAUGAGGUGAGGCAGCUGGAGACAGCUUCCAAGGAGAAGACCCUCUAUGACACUCCAAUCAGGUGCCAGGACAUCUUUAAAGCCUUACCUGACCAACAGAGACACAUCAGAGUGGUUCUGACCAACGGCGUCGCUGGUGUUGGAAAAACCUUCUCAGUGCAGAAGUUGACUCUGGACUGGGCAGAGGGCUUGGAAAACCAAGAUGUCAGUCUGCUGGUUCUGCUUUCGUUCAGGGAGCUGAACCUGGUCAGAGAUGAGCAGUACAGUCUUCUCACGCUGCUCCAUGUUUUCCAUCCAACAUUACAGAAGGUCACAGCAGAGAAGCUGGCUGUCUGUAAAGUUCUGUUCAUCUUUGACGGCCUGGAUGAAAGCAGACUUUCACUGGAUUUCAACAGGAAGGUUGUGUCUGACGUCACACAGAAGUCAUCAGUCAACGAGCUGCUGACAAACCUCAUCCAGGGGAAUCUGCUUCCCUCGGCUCUGGUCUGGAUAACUUCCAGACCUGCAGCGGCCAAUCAGAUCCCUCCUUCAUGUGUUGACAGGGUAACAGAAGUACGAGGCUUCACUGACCCACAGAAGGAGGAGUACUUCAGGAGGAGAUCCAGUGAUGAAGAGCUGUCCAACAGAACCAUCUCACACAUCAAGACCUCCAGGAGCCUCCACAUCAUGUGUCAAAUCCCAGUCUUCUGCUGGAUCACUGCUACAGUUCUGGAGCACAUGUUGACUACAGAGCAGAGAGGAGAGCUGCCCAAGACCCUGACUGACCUGUACUCACACUUCCUGCUGGUUCAGACAAAGAGGAAGAAGAACAAGUACCAUGAGGGACAUGAGACGAGUCCACAGGAGCUGAUGGAGGCUGACAGGGAAGUUCUUCUGAAGCUGGGGAGGCUGGCGUUUGAACAACUGGAGAAAGGAAACAUCAUGUUCUACCAAGAAGACCUGGAGCAGUGUGGUCUUGAUGUGACAGAGGCCUUGGUGUACUCAGGAGUUUGUACAGAGAUCUUCAAAAGAGAGAGUGUGAUCUUCCAGAAAACAGUCUACUGCUUUGUUCAUCUGAGCGUUCAGGAGUUUCUGGCUGCAGUCUACAUGUUCCACUGUUUCACCAACAGGAAGACACAGGUACUGAAGAAGUUCCUGGGGAAAGACAGAGACUCAAAACCAAAAACUUUUCUUGGGAAGAUUUCUAAGAUUUUUGGAAACAGUGGUCCAUCUCUGGAUGUCUUCCUGAGCAGAGCCAUGGAGAAAUCCCUUCAAAGUAAAAAUGGCCACCUGGACCUGUUUGUUCGCUUCCUUCAUGGCCUCUCUCUGGAGUCCAACCAGAGACUCUUAGGAGGUCUGCUGGGUCAGACAGAGAACAGUCCAGAAAUCAUCCAGAGAGCCAUCAACAACCUGAAGAAGAUGAACAUGUCCAACACCUCUCCUGACAGAAGCAUCAACAUCUUCCACUGUCUGAUGGAGAUGAACGACCACUCAGUCCAUCAGGAGAUCCAAGAGUUCCUGAAGUCAGAGAACAGAUCAAAGAAGAGUCUCUCUGAGAUCCAGUGCUCAGCUCUGGCCUACAUGCUGCAGAUGUCAGAGGAGGUUCUGGAUGAGUUGGACUUAAACAAGUACAACACAUCAGAGGAGGGACGACUGAGACUGAUCCCAGCUGUGAGGAACUGCAGAAAGGCUCGACUUUAUAACUGUGGACUCUCAGAGAUUCACUGUGAAGUCGUGGCCUCAGCUCUGAAGUCCAACCCCUCCCAUCUGACAGAACUGAACCUGAGUGGAAACAACCUGGAGGAUUCAGGAGUGAAGAUACUGUCCUAUGGACUGGAGAGUCCAAACUGUAGACUGGAGACUCUGAGGUUGAAGAACUGCAGGUUGUCAGAGAUCAGCUGUUCUUCUCUGGUCUCAGCUCUGAAGUCCAACCCCUCCCAUCUGAGACAUCUGGACCUGAGUAACAAUGACCUGCAGGAUUCAGGAGUGAAGGAGCUGUGUGGUUUUCUGCAGAGUCCAGACUGUAGACUGGAGACUCUGGGGUUGAGGGGCUGCUGGUUGUCAGAGAUCAGCUGUUCUUCUCUGGUCUCAGCUCUGAAGUCCAACCCCUCCCAUCUGAGAGAUCUGGACCUGAGCUUCAACAAGCUGCAGGAUUCAGGAGUGAAGGAUCUGUGUGGUUUUCUGCAGAGUCCAGACUGUAGACUGGAGACUCUGGGGUUGAUGAACUGCAGGUUGUCAGAGAUCAGCUGUUCUUCUCUGGUCUCAGCUCUGAAGUCCAACCCCUCCCAUCUGAGAGAACUGGACCUGAGUCUCAACUACCUGCAGGAUUCAGGAGUGAAGGAGCUGUGUGGUUUUCUGCAGAGUCCAGACUGUAGACUGGAGACUCUGAGGUUGAGGGGCUGCAGGUUGUCAGACAUCAGCUGUUCUUCUCUGGUCUCAGCUCUGAAGUCCAACCCCUCCCAUCUGAGAGAUCUGGACCUGAGUGACAACAACAAGCUGCAGGAUUCAGGAGUGAAGGAGCUGUGUGGUUUUCUGCAGAGUCCAGACUGUAGACUGGAGACUCUGAGUGUUACAGGUUUACCUCUCAGACCAGAGAAGAUGAAGGAUUUGGAGGAAGAGGAGGACAGAGCAGAGUCUCCAGGAUCCAGCUGUCUGUCUAUGAAGAGUGACUGGUCCAAAGAUUUUAAUCCUCCACUCUUCAGUAAUGAACCUGGACCCUCAGACAGAAAACGGAGAGCAGAGUCUCCAGGAUCCAGCUGUCUGUCUAUGAAGAGUGACUGGUCCAAAGAAAAACCUCCACUCUUCAGUAAUGAACCUGGACCCUCAGACACAAAAAAGAGGAAGAGGAGUGGUGUUUCUGUGGAGGAGCAGCUGUCCUGCUGUGAUCUGUGUCAGGACGUCCUGAAGGAUCCAGUCUCUACAGCCAGUCAGACCAGCACUGUAUGGGGCGGCUGUGGCUCAGGAGCAGAUAGUGGUCUGCAGGAGGUUUUAGAUGAACAUAAGAUCAGUCUGAGGAGGAGAUGUGAACGUGUGACUGAAGGAACUGAUGGAACAGGAAGUAGAACCCUCCUCAACAGGAUCUACACUGAGCUCUACAUCACAGAGGGACAGAGUGAAGAGGUUAAUACCCAACAUGAGGUGAUGCAGCUGGAGACAGCUUCCAAGGAGAAGACCCUCCAUGACACUCCAAUCAGGUGCCAGGACAUCUUUAAAGCCUUACCUGACCAACAGAGACACAUCAGAGUGGUUCUGACCAACGGCGUCGCUGGUGUUGGAAAAACCUUCUCAGUGCAGAAGUUCACUCUGGACUGGGCAGAGGGCUUGGAAAACCAAGAUGUCAGUCUGCUGGUUCUGCUUUCGUUCAGGGAGCUGAACCUGAUCAGAGAUGAGCAGUACAGUCUUCUCACGCUGCUCCAUGUUUUCCAUCCAACAUUACAGAAGGUCACAGCAGAGAAGCUGGCUGUCUGUAAAGUUCUGUUCAUCUUUGACGGCCUGGAUGAAAGCAGACUUUCACUGGAUUUCAACAACAGGAAGGUUGUGUCUGACGUCACACAGAAGUCAUCAGUCAACCAGCUGCUGACAAACCUCAUCCAGGGGAAUCUGCUUCCCUCGGCUCUGGUCUGGAUAACUUCCAGACCUGCAGCGGCCAAUCAGAUCCCUCCUUCAUGUGUUGACAGGGUAACAGAAGUACGAGGCUUCACUGACCCACAGAAGGAGGAGUACUUCAGGAGGAGAUCCAGUGAUGAAGAGCUGUCCAACAGAACCAUCUCACACAUCAAGACCUCCAGGAGCCUCCACAUCAUGUGUCAAAUCCCAGUCUUCUGCUGGAUCACUGCUACAGUUCUGGAGCACAUGUUGACUACAGAGCAGAGAGGAGAGCUGCCCAAGACCCUGACUGACCUGUACUCACACUUCCUGCUGGUUCAGACAAAGAGGAAGAAGAACAAGUACCAUGAGGGACAUGAGACGAGUCCACAGGAGCUGACGGAGGCUGACAGGGAAGUUCUUCUGAAGCUGGGGAGGCUGGCGUUUGAACAUCUGGAGAAAGGAAACAUCAUGUUCUACCAAGAAGACCUGGAGCAGUGUGGUCUUGAUGUGACAGAGGCCUUGGUGUACUCAGGAGUUUGUACAGAGAUCUUCAAAAGAGAGAGUGUGAUCUUCCAGAAAACAGUCUACUGCUUUGUUCAUCUGAGCGUUCAGGAGUUUCUGGCUGCAGUCUACAUGUUCCACUGUUUCACCAACAGGAAGACACAGGUACUGGAGGACUUCCUGGGAAAAGACAGAGACUCAAAACCAAAAACUUUUCUUGGGAAGAUUUCUAAGAUUUUUGGAAACAGUGGUCCAUCUCUGGAUGUCUUCCUGAGCAGAGCCAUGGAGAAAUCCCUUAAAAGUAAAAAUGGCCACCUGGACCUGUUUGUUCGCUUCCUUCAUGGCCUCUCUCUGGAGUCCAACCAGAGACUCUUAGGAGGUCUGCUGGGUCAGACAGACAACAGUCCAGAAAUCAUCCAGAGAGUCAUCAACAACCUGAAGAAGAUGAACACGUCCAACAUCUCUCCUGACAGAAGCAUCAACAUCUUCCACUGUCUGAUGGAGAUGAACGACCACUCAGUCCAUCAGGAGAUCCAAGAGUUCUUGAAGUCAGAGAACAGAUCAGAGAAGGAACUCUCUGUGAUCCAGUGCUCAGCUCUGGCCUACAUGCUGCAGAUGUCAGAGGAGGUUCUGGAUGAGUUGGACCUGAACAAGUACAACACAUCAAAGGAGGGACGACGGAGACUGAUCCCAGCUGUGAGGAACUGCAGAAAGGCUCGACUUGAUUACUGUCGACUCUCAAAGAUUCACUGUGAAGUCGUGGCCUCAGCUCUGAAGUCCAACCCCUCCCAUCUGACAGAACUGGACCUGAGUGGAAACUGGGACCUGAAGGAUUCAGGAGUGAAGAUACUGUCCUCAGGACUGGAGAGUCCAAACUGUAGACUGGAGACUCUGAGGUUGAAGAACUGCAGGUUGUCAGAGAUCAGCUGUUCUUCUCUGGUCUCAGCUCUGAAGUCCAACCCCUCCCAUCUGAGACAUCUGGACCUGAGCUACAACGAGCUGCAGGAUUCAGGAGUGAAGAAGUUGUGUGGCUUUCUGCAGAGUCCAGACUGUAGACUGGAGACUCUGGGGUUGUGGUUCUGCAGUUUGUCAGAGAUCAGCUGUUCUUCUCUGGUCUCAGCUCUGAAGUCCAACCCCUCCCAUCUGAGAGAUCUGGACCUGAGCUACAACAACCUGCAGGAUUCAGGAGUGAAGGAUCUGUGUGGUUUUCUGCAGAGUCCAGACUGUAGACUGGAGACUCUGGGGUUGAAGAACUGCAGGUUGUCAGAGAUCAGCUGUUCUUCUCUGGUCUCAGCUCUGAAGUCCAACCCCUCCCAUCUGAGACAUCUGGACCUGAGUAACAACAAGCUGCAGGAUUCAGGAGUGAAGGAUCUGUGUGGUUUUCUGCAGAGUCCAGACUGUAGACUGGAGACUCUGAGGUUGAGGGGCUGCAGUUUGUCAGAGAUCAGCUGUUCUUCUCUGGCCUCAGCUCUGAAGUCCAACCCCUCCCAUCUGAGAGACCUGGACCUGAGCGACAACAACAAGCUGCAGGAUUCAGGAGUGAAGGAGCUGUGUGAUCUUGUGCAGAGUCCAGACUGUAGACUGAAGACUCUGAGCUGGAAGUGAGGAUGAGCUGUGUCCUGAUGAUCCAGAUGUUGAAGCAGCAGCAGCAGCAGCUUGUGUGUAGAGAGGCUCUGACUGGACCAUGUUACUGGGAGGUAGAGUGGAGAGGAGAGCUUCAUCCAGCAGUGACUGACAGAGGAAUCAGAAGAAGUGGAGAUGACUCUCAGUGCUGCAGUCUGAACUGAUCUGAGAACAGCUCCACUGUCAGACACAGAGUCCAGUCCACCAUCAUCCCUGUGUGUUCCUCUGGAUCUGACAGAGCAGCAUCAGUGUGUCUGGACUUCAACUUGAUAACGUUGAGCUGAAGUUAAUCUGAGGCUUCAGCAGUGUUACACAAAUCAAGUCAUUCUCUUCCACAGUUUUUCUCUUUGACUCGUCUUUAGUUCUGGUGUUUUUACAGCAGAAUAAUGAUUCAUUUACAUUUACUCACACUGUUCCUAUGAAAAAAAGAAAAGAUUGUUCCUCUGUUUUUUAGUAUUUCUCCAUUCAUCCAUCAUCACAGUCAGAGGACACUGCAGAGAGGUUUUAGUGAGGAAAUGACAGUGACACAGUCAUUGAAAUGGUCUGCAGCUCUGUACUUCUGUCAUCAACACUCUGCUUCUUUGUUCACUGACGUUGGAUGUGACAUGAUGUUAAAAAUAAAGUGUAGAUUUCA